GCGGCUUCGUGGAUCAUGUGAGAGAGGAGGGGGGCGAAGCGGAGUAACCGGUUCCUGGUUGCCCAGUGGAUGAGGAAGUAGCGCGAGCGGCAGACAUGGCCUCCCUGUUCAAGAAGAAGACGGUGGACGAUGUAAUAAAGGAGCAGAAUAAGGAGCUAAGAGGCACGCAGAGGGCCAUAACCAGAGACCGCACCGCCUUGGAAAAGCAGGAGAAACAGCUGGAAAUGGAAAUAAAGAAGAUGGCCAAGACAGGUAAUAAAGACGCCUGCACGAUUUUGGCAAAGCAGCUGGUGCAGUUACGUAAGCAGAAAACAAGAACUUAUGCCGUUAGUUCCAAAGUCACCUCUAUGUCAACGCAGACCAAAGUCAUGAGCUCACAGAUGAAGAUGGCGGGCGCAAUGUCCACUACAGCAAAGACAAUGCAAGCCGUGAACAAGAAGAUGGAUCCCCAGAAAACUCUGCAAACGAUGCAAAAUUUCCAGAAAGAAAAUAUGAAGAUGGAAAUGACAGAAGAAAUGAUAAACGACACACUGGAUGACAUCUUUGAUGCCUCUGAAGAUGAAGAGGAAAGCCAGGACAUUGUGAACCAGGUGUUGGAUGAGAUUGGAAUUGAAAUCUCAGGAAAGAUGGCAAAGGCACCCUCAGCAGCUAAAGGACUUCCCUCCGCUUCCUCAACGAAGGCGACCACCAUAUCAGACGAAGAGAUUGAGCGCCAGCUGAAGGCCCUGGGAGUAGAUUAAUGGCUGAUGACCGAGACCUUUCCGCUGUGUGUGGACUUGUAUUUUGGCUACUAAUGGAACAGCUUGAACAGGAAUUUAUUUUUGAGGACUAAACGUGUCUUUUUGUUUCCUAAUGUACACUACAUUGGCUUGUAUAAUACUAGUCGCUGUAUAUAGACAAUAACACAAUUUCCCUGUGUGUCAAGAGAAGCUGACCUCCAGGGUCCGCCGCAUUGUAGAGCUUGGUAAAACUGCUCCUACUUUACAUCUAAUGGACAUAAUUCUUUGCAAUGCAAAUGAUCUGAACAGUUUUGACUAUUAACUCGCCACCUUCCAGCCGUGCGCAUGGUAACCGAUUCCUAACAUGCAUGCUUAGAAGUUUAUUAAGUCAGGGUUU